UGAGGUAAGUUCAGAUCUAACAAUUACAUCUCUGGGAAAUUCAUUCUGAACAGAAAAUUUAGGACUAACAAACAACCAUGAUACAUUUUCAAGGUUCCUGGCAAGCUACAUUGAGCAGCUACAAUAGUGAGAAAACAACAAACAUUGACAGAACCGAAUGAACUACUCACAGUUGCACGUCCAUUUCAGUGACCCAUUGGACCAAUAUAUUAGCUCUUAAUAGACACAUCGAGAACAUGGAUUACAUUCAAAACGGUCCAACACAGCAAUCUCGUUCUCACAUAUACAAUACUUAAUACCAACAACCUAAUUUUUUUAAUACAGACAACAAUAAUUUUCGUUUGCCUUAUUGGUUUACCAAAGCCAAAACUGUCGACGUAUUUUCUUGCUAAGAAUAAUAUUUAAGAAAACCAACGUGAGAAAGCAGGAACUUUCGUCCGACACGUCUACAAAUCCGUGCACGUGUUGUGUAUUAGGUAUGGAAUACUAUCUUUGACCACUGAAUUUCCCUUAUAAAUAAUGCCACCCAGAUGCAGGUAAUGUAGGAUUCCACGAAUUGGAAGGGAGAGGAAAAUGAUGAAUCGUUGCGAAAUGGUGUUUGAAACAAGAAGAGGAGGGUGCAAGGAGCACCCACACGAUAAGCAAUCACCUGGUGUUUGUUCCUCUUGUUUGAGGGAAAAACUCUCGCAGUUGUACAGCACCAACCCUGUUAUUGAUCCUCUUUGUUUUUCUCCACAAUCGCCUGCUUCUCCUCAUCGAUCUUUUUCUUCGUGUCGGAGUGGUGGCCACCGUAAACCACGGUUCCGGCGAAACGCUUCGCUGAUGGCGGCGGAAUCUGGUUCGAGCGCGCAGGGUUUGAACUUGAAGAAGAGCAAGUCGCUUGCGUUUGCUUCGAAGAGUAGAGGGAGAGAGAGGGAUGUGAGUGGAAGGAAGAAAGAUGGGUUUUGGUCAAAGGUGCUCAAACUCAAUAAAAGAGAUACACGAGACUCCAUUGUCACUUCUAAGACUUGAAUAUAAAGGAAACAGAUCGAAACUAUAUUGGUGGUGAUGAUCAUCGUGGUUCUUGCUAAUUUUUACACCAUAUAUAGUUUAAUUAUUUUGAUUAUUUUUUGUAAAUUUAAAAGUUUGAACAUAUGUCAUGUAAAAAUUGGUUUAGUAUUUAUCAAUAAUGAUGCCUCGUGUUAUUUUUUAA